GAAUCCUCCCUUGUUUCUGGAGCAAGAGGCGGGCCUUUGGAAAGCAGGAAUGCGCUGGAAGUUUUCCUGCAGAAAGCUCCCCUUCACAUGUUGAAGAGCGUCCGUCCCCGCGCGUCUCACUAUGGACAUGUGGCCGCUCCUGCUCCUGUUUGUGCAGCUCUGCCUCUGCUCCGGGUAUGAAGGUAAGAGCCUACAAAGACCCCCAUUCAGUUUUUUGAUGGAAAAGCCCUGCUGGGAAAAGAGGUAUGACUAUAUCGUAUAAUUUAUCUUAAGUUUUAAGGGGAAAAACUUUGAGAUAUCACCGGUUUGGAAGCUGGAUUUGGAUCAAACCCUCAAGUGUUUGGUGAAGGUUUUUGGGUCACUUUUGCGCACGCUUUUGAGGCUUUUAUCCUCUCCGCUGGUCUCUGGUGGACCGCGGUUGUGUUUACGUGGAGGGGGAGGAAAGCGGGGGGAGUGCAGUGUGCAUCUGGGGGACGUUUCCCUGCACAGAGCUCCGUCUGUGGCUCUAAUCAAAGCCCUGAAACUUCACUGGAGUUUAGGCUCAAUUUUCACUUUCUCACCGCCUCACUGAAAACGACCUUCUCAUCAAGUCUUGGAAUUAAACUACAGUAAUGGACUUUUACUGCUUUUUAAUGCCGGUCUGGAAGCAUUGAUAGUUUUCACUGACGAGAUCGUUUCAUGGUGAUGAGUAAGCAGAGCAGACCUUCUUUCAGACACACGCAGAAGUUGAGCAGUGAUUAAUCAUGAGUGGAGUGCUAGAAACACUAGUGACAAAUCUAGCCAAUAUGUAUUCUGGCUAAUAUUCCUGGUAUUCUCUCUCCUUUUUGGCUCCAGUUUCUUUCAUGGAGGAAAAAAACUGCUGUGCUUGUUUUCUUUAAAUAAAGGCUAAUUUGAGUUCCUGGGAUUUUGGACGAAGCUCAGUGUAACAAGAAGAUUGAAGACUUAGAUUAUAACAGACCUUUAACCCCAAAAUGUCACUUUCUUUUAAAGGACAAAAAAAGAUUAAUAUGUUUUUCAAUGAAACUAACAUUUAUUUGCAGCCAUACACCAAAUUAGAGCAUCAAUCAUGUAGUACAGAUUGAUGGAGUCAGACAGAAGAGGCUUUGUAGCCUGCAGUGAGGGGCUGAAAUGACUUCAAAGUUCAAGUCUAGAUGGAGCAGUGUGUUUUUGUGUGUGUGUGCAGUCACAGUGGCUAUGUGCCUGUGGAUGGUUUCAGUGUGGCUCACCACUGCUGUAUGAUCAUACAGGCUCAAACAUGAACGCAGGCUGCAGCUCUGCAGAUUUACUCUGACAGACUGAAAAACUGCCUGUGGAGCUGACAGGCUGACAGUACGGACUCAAGUCUGUACUUUAGUGUGUGUGUGUGUGUGUGUGUGUGUGUGUGUGUGUGUGUGUGUGUGUGUGUGUGUGUGUGUGUGUGUGUGUGUGUGUGUGUGUGUUUACAAGGAGUUUAUUUUACAGGGCGGUGUUUGUAUUUGCUCUGGGGGUCAAUUAGCUCAUUAACCAGUUGAGUUUUAGCGAGUUUUGCACAUUUUCUGGCUCUUUUCUAAAAACCUGGUCACAGUUUCCAUGAUAAUACUUGGUAUGAUGUGAGUUUGGGACAAAUACAUCUUACAGAAGGAGUGACUUGGGUAUUUGCCAGAAAGAAGUUUUACUAGAGAGUCAGCAUUGAGUCAAAGAAAGGCAUUUUAAUAAAUCAAAUCCUGGAAGGUUGAAGAGGAAAACUCAAUAAGCAAAUCAGAAAACCUGCAAUUUAGCACUCAUUAGAGGAAGAGGGUUAUCUAUGAAAAAAUCACAUACUGCUGAUGUGACUCAAUAUCCUUCAUCUAAUAUUGUGGAGCCAUGAAUAUGGAAAUACUCUCAUUCCCAAUAUCACCACUGACCUCUCUGACACUUUUCUGCCACUCACUUUUAAGUCAGUGCACCAGAACUGGGAUUUAUUUCAUGUUUUAAACAUCUUUAAAGUAAGAACUUAAGAGAAACCUGGAACACGUUAGCUCAUGUUUUAGCUGUUUCCUGUGUACAUUUCAAGCAGACAUGAAGAAACAUUAGCGUGAAAGUUGUUGAAAGUUAGCCCAACGCUGACUCUAUAUUUGGCUCUAUCUUUGGGCUCAACUUGAUCCUCUGUGGGACCUAAUCUCUCCUCACAGAUUCUGUGUAAAACUGUAGAAUCUGUUCUCAAGGGUCUGGAUUCUCAGCACAGGAAGCGUACUGACCAAGUCUCAGCAACCUUUGGUGUAUGCAGGAAAAUCAUAAAAUGCAAGUGCAGUCAACAACUUGUUCUCCAUCACACAUUUGACUAAAAUCAGCUUGAAGCUGUGUCGCAAUGCAAAUCAAAAAAAGAUUUCUCAACUACCUCUCAUGCAUCAUAAAUUAUACCUCUAAACAAAACCCCCCAAGCUGUUUUCCUCAAUUAAAGCAGUUAAUCACCAGAAAAAUCAGUUUCUUGGUUUUGCACGGCCAGACUGAGGCCUCUUUGUAAUACCAUGGACUGUUGAAUCAAGACUCGAUGGUUACAGAUGAAUGGGAACUACUCAAAGGGAUGAAAUACACCCAGAAAUUAGAUCCUUUAUGCUGCAUACUUAACAGAGGCUAUCAAACGCUUACAUUGGGAUUACUGAGAAUUUAGCAUCAUAUUCUAGUGGCUUUUUACUUCUCAUCAUCAGGCAACAAUAUACACUGAUUGCCAAAUGUUCCUGAUUUCUAAGUGCUGUGAACUGUUUUUCUCUGCUGACACAUUUGCUGAUAGAAUAUAGUGAAUUCACUUUUUAAAAAAAUUAACUGUCAAUCAUGUUUCACUGCAGACGUGGUAGUUCUUCUUAGCAUUUCGGUCUGAUUGCAUUUCCAUGAAGAAAUUAUCAUCAAUGUUCUUCCUUGAGCUGCGUCACCCCGCUGUAGUUUGUAAUAAACUGGCCUGAGGUCUCGCUACAAACAAGCGGCUGUUGGAAGAGAGUAGGUGAGUUGUGUUUAGUCUCUUUGCUAAAGAAAUCAGGCAAAGUUAAAAAGAUGUUUGGUAGCUAGUACUAUGGCUAGGACCCUAUAUGUACUGUUGAUGAAGUUAGGUGCUGUUCUGAGCAUUAUUUGUGGCUAUAGAGCAGCGUUUUGAAUGAGGUUUGUUUAUGGCUCCUCAGACUGCUGUGUAUUGCGAUCCUGCAGUCGUUACAAAAGUUGGUAUAACAGGAGAAGCAAGCGGUCGGCAACAUUCAUCUCUGGAGGGGGUGUCUAACUGAGUGUUACAGUGUGUUUGACCCUAAAUUAAUUUCACGCCGGAAUAUCCCUUUCAGAGGAGAUAAGUAUUCACACUGUAAUGAGUGUGAAUAGUUUCCAACAAUGAAUCUACACACUGAACUCAUUUACAAUGAACUCUUCUGCUUCACAACACAGUAUACGUCUGAGUCUCUCUGGGUAUGUAACACUUUAUCCUACACAGCUGACAACUAGCUACUCACUGUUACUGGAAAUACACCAUCUCUGAAUAAGUGACACAAACCAUACAGAGGAUUUAUCUUUUCAACUGCAACUAAGGCUGAAAUAACACUCAUUAUCUUGAACAGAUGCACCAGAUGCAGGCUGGGUAGUUUAUAAGCUUAUAAUGUAUGUAAUAUUAUAGAUAACUGUGCGCCAUAGCUCCAGUACAGUGACUAGUUAUUUGUUGUCCGUCACUGUAAAGCAUUGAUAAAAAGAGCAUCAGUACUCUUUGCCUCAGGUUCAGAUUCUGCUGAUGUGCCACAACAGCAGACAUGUUGUUCUGCGGUUAAAAUAGGACAGAAACCAUUAGUGCUCAAACAGGAAUUAUGUAACUCUGUUAUCACUGUGCUCCGUGCAGAAUUGAGCGAUAACAAAAUCACAGCCUUUUUCCUUUCUGUUCUCUUCUGUAUUAUUUGCUUGAAGCCAUACUUUGGAAAUUUACAGAGCGAGAGCCUCCAUAAUGAGAGUUAGUAUCUCAGGCUAAUUGAAUCAUCAAGCUUUAAAAUGUGUUCACUCCAGAGAUUUCUCGGGAAGACACGGUUCUGUGUUUUGACAAGUUUUGACAUUUUUCUCACAGACUAGUUCUUUGAAGCACAUGAAAUAAACUGAAGGAGAUGAUGCUCGCUGCUGCUCGCACCUCGUUGACAGAUUUAUUAAAUAUAAAUGCAGGUGAGUCCCACAUCUCACAACAUGAUCUCUGUUCUGAUUUUUGGGGAAUUCAGUCUAUUUUAGCAAAAAUGAAGAUGUACUCAGGUUUCAAUCGAAUGAAUGUGGAGCUUCAGUGUCAGCACUUCCUGCAUACUCAGUCCAACAUCCAGAGAAGAAAACAGAUGGAGCCACUGGUUUACCACUGAGGGCGCUGGGUCAUACUGGUGCUAUAUCCUUAGCUAAAGUUUCUAAAUGUGUUUUUAAGAUAUAUUGAUAUUGUUUUUCUCUCUGUGCUUUUAGGAAUCAUUUGAGGUUGAUAAGUGCUCUCUAUCCCUCCAAAAUCUCAUCCAGUGCUCCUGCAUUUUGGACCUUUUUUCCACCAUCAGUGUUAAAUACUGCUGCGAUUAAAGUGAAUCAAUAACAGAGCAGACUGUCUGCUCCAAGAGAACAACACAGACCAUCAACUGCAGUCUGUUUGACAUAACUCAGUAACAGCUCACAUUUUGUCCCGGCUUCCUGAAACCUAAAUGGAAUAUAUGACAUUUUUGUGGUUGUUAAGUUUUUCUUCUCAUAAAAUUUUCUAUAGCUGACAGGUGGUACAAAGAUUAAGAAGUUACUGUUACACUCAUUGCCUGCAGGCUUUUUAAUAUAGUUUUUACGAGCAGUUUAAUUAAUAGAGAAAUACCAAACCUGGUGCUUAAAUCAAAGCUCCUAUGCUGAGAUUCAUAAAAUAGACUAAGAUUGAUACUGACACUAUUCAUAAUAUUCAAAAGCAUACAAGACCAUCAGAGACAACACUGAAGAAUUUUAUAUUGUAGUUUUUAAUGAGGGUAGGUGUCAGCCUGGCAUCCUCAGAGACAGCCCUGGUUUUAAAAUCAACACAUUAAAUAUUCCCACUAAAAGCUGCGCCAAUUCACAACAAAUGUACGCUUAAGAUGUUCAAUGAAAAAGCUGAUCUAGACCGUACUGUAUUUGAAGACCCACUGUAAAGAUGGGAUAAGAUUGAGUCCCAUCCUGUAAGAUCAGACCCACUCCCAUCCCAUCUUCAACACUUCACAAAAACUUCCUUUUAUCAGGCAGAAACCUUGAGCAGAACCAGACUCGUCUUCAUCAGUCAUCGGCCGCUACUGCGUUGGAUUUAGAGACGGGAUAAAGGGAGAUGGACACAUAUCAACAAUUGUACAUACAGAUGUAUGGUGACAGUGCCCGAGAUAAAAGAUAAAUGAAGUGUACUUCUUACAUGAUGAUAAUGGUAAUGGACUGAUCUUGAUUUGAUUUACGGUAAAUUCAAGUCAACAGUGACGUAGUAAUAGCAUAGCAGUGAUAACAUUCAUAAUAAUGAAGAUGAGGUAAGUUAUGGGGGGUUGAAUUAGACCAUUUGAAGCAGAAAGAAUAAAAAUAAGAUUGAUGCUAAAAACUUAACAUUAGCUUUGUAACAGUGAUAAAUAUGAGACUAAGAAUGGUGCUAAUAAUGACACAUUUGGCUGCCAACAGUUAGCAGGGGGAGAUUUUUUUGUCAAAAAUCAUGAAGAGGACAAAUCUGCCAAAUCCAACAUAAACCAAACAUAAACCAAAAGUAAACCAAACGUUCCUGACAGGAGCUUUAAAUGAAUUACUUUAAUUUAAAGAGAAAGUUUUUGAGAUUUCAGUCAAAGUUGUGUGUUGACAUCAAAUUAAAACCUAUGGUUUUUAUGGUUACAACGUGAACCACUUCUUUGGUAAAUAAUCAAUUUAAUAACACACCAGAAAAACAAUCACAGUCUCUUUUCAGAGCAGUUAAGACCUGUGAAGUUCAGAAAGCAUCAAUAAAUGCAAUUAUUCCACUGUUCAAUGGGCAAUGAGAACUGAAUAGAGUGGGCUGUUUUACAUGACACGGCAGAGCAGUUAACUUGUGGGGAGGCUUUAAGUGUUGAGCUCAAUACCUGCCAUUCAAAAAGUCUGUCGUCUUUCUUUGCACGAGGUGUUUAAUGAUUGCAGUACACACACUUUAUUCCCCGGGGCUGCUUCACAAUAAAAGCCUUCCCUGUGUUUUGCAAGUUGAAUCAGCAGGAGAGAGGAAUCUUUCAUAAGCACUGAAAUCACACAGCUAUGUAACUGAGAAAUACAGUGAUGGGUUAACACUUUGCUUAUCAUUACACACAAACACUGCAUGCUGUAUAUUCUGUAUAGAAAGUCAGACUAAAUACAGAAUUAAUAGACAGAUGAUUGUGAGUGCAGCUAGACAAUCAGACACAAGCACCUCUCCUUUGUCAGAGGGUAAAGUGUUAUAAGUAUGGAGAAAGUUUCUUAUUUCUCACCGAUACUUACUUUGAAGAGGAGACUCACACACACACACACACACACACACACACUCAUAGGUAUAAUUAAUUUCCCAUGCCUUUCUUGUCUCCGUCUUUUGUCAGCGUUAAGAAGCAGACACUAAAGUUUUCCCAUUAGACAGCUAAAUAUGACUCAUUCAGUGUGUGGGUUUGCGCUGUACAAUCCAUGCUGUGUGAUCUGACUGUUAAAACCUUAGGGCUUGUUGUGUGUGUGUAUUCGUGUGUGUUUGUGUGUGUGUGUGUGUGUGUGUGUGUGUGUGUGUGUGUUUGUGUGUGUUCUAUUACCUGAGGCAUUUUGGUCCAGACGGCUUUUAUUAAACUGACAGAAAAGCCAUAAUGAGGAAUGGUGUGACGGCCUAUGAGGUUUGCUCUCAGUAUCACGUCCAAUGACCAAUGUGAACCGAGAGGAGGGUCAAACACUCCUCCCAUGUGGAUCCUAAACAGAGGACACAGUCAUGCCAGGGUCCACAACAUCCCGGAGCCAAGGUUGACAAACCUUCCCCUGAUUUUAACCCCUUCCUCCACCAUUUCCUCUCCGUUUUUAUUGCCUCCUGCCCUCUUGCACUCUCUCCUUUAUCCUCUUCUCCUAAAAUAAUCCUCCAUGCUCAUCACAAUUCCCCUCACAUUUGUCUUUCAGCAGUGUCACUCAGCUGUGUCCUCCACCAGCUGACAAAUGGCUUAGUUCCUCUUGGAUGCAGCUGUUUUAUAGUCAAAAUGUCUUUUUGCUCUGUAUGAGAGAUUUUUACACUUAAAAACUAUCUGUAAAUGGUAAGUACUAUUAUGGAACAAAAAGUUUCAAAAUAGUUGCUCUCCUUUUAUUUCCUCAAACUGAAAAGGGCCCCACAACAACGUCAACAAAGAAAAAGGCUCUGGGUUUGGCAGAACGAAUCUCUGUGUUGUGUUAAACAGAUUUAUUCCCCCAAUCCAGCUGGGAAAGGUGGAUCUUUUGAGAUUUAUUCCAUGUGUAGUUGCUCUUUCCAAAAGAUCCAGACCCCCUCUAGAGCCCUGGCCAGAUGAAGAGUUAAGCAAUAUUUAUAAGCCUGUCCUUUGUGGGUUUAUUAUACAAAAAAAAAAAAAGCUCACAGUUCAGCCAAGGACACUGCUUUCAAAUAUUGCCCAACAUCUUGGAUGCAUGCUCUCUCAUUGUAUUAGCUGCUUUUUCUGCUUUUCUGUCAUUCUCAGGGUCAGGACAUUAUGCUUAUGGAGACGACGAGGACUGGUACUCUCGUAGAUAUAAAGGUGACCACUACUGUUUGACACCCCUCACGCACACACACACAUGCACACACACUCCUUGUACUCAAUAUUUGAACAAUGAAACAGAGUUUAAAUUCAAGGACAGCUUGUUAGUAUUCAGACCAAAGUCACUGGAGAAUUAACCGUAGCUCUUUUGGUCCUAAAGUCACAUCAGGCAUGACCCCGUCUAUGUCUUAUGUAUGGAAAUGUAGAGUUAAACCGAUUUCUGUAGCUAUCAAGUUGUGUAGCUAACUGAAGUGUACUUCUUACUUAUGUUGUAGACAAACACCAAAGGAAACUGAUGAACAAAACUACAGUGUAAUAUUUCAUUAACAGAGGCUUUGUAGCACUAAAAAUGUAUCACUCUGAGCCAAGAUACUCAGAUGCUAGCUAGCAGUGUUUAUUCAUGCUUCCCAAGUCACAUUAAAUUUGAAUCAUUUAGGCUCCUAUGUUCAAAAUGUGUAAAUGUUUUACAGUGAAUGGUAAAGAAUAAGUCAUGAUAAAAUACUUUGAGAAUAUUUCAAAUAUGAUUAUUGAAAGGAUUAUUUUAAACUCUCCAAAACACAUAAGCUGCUAGCUGAGCAAAUCUUGUAGCUGCAGGUAAAGAGUCGCUAAGAGCAGAUCACAUCAACUCAAGUUAUAAGCUGGACACUUAAAGACGUGUUGCCAAGUAUUUUUAAUGUUUUAGAUGACAAAAAAAAUGGAUGUGUUUACAGUACACCAAUUUUUUAGGACAAACUUGAGAAAUAUCAAAAGACACAUAACAGUAUUAGGAUUCGCUCUACAAAGACUGACUGUGUCCUUAAAGAGACUAAACUCAACAGCAGCGAGCUCAGCCAGUUGACUCAGUUACGUCAAAGUGGCCACCAGCUUUAAAUUCGGGUCAGUUAGACGUGGAACAUUAUCUUAGAGGCCAAACCAAACUCUCCUCCUUAUGUAAAAGCUCAAAAGUAGUAUUAUUUUUCUUUUCCAGCGGUUGUGGAGACUCUGCCAACACACACACACAUACAGAGAGAGAAAGAGAGAGAGACAGAGGGAGCACAGGGAGCUUACAGUGUAAUGAAUACUUAUUGUUGCUCCAGUUGGAAAUUAGCCAAUAUUGUUGUGUAUCAUCACUUUUCAAAGCAUAAAUUUGUGCCUGUUUCGAUGGAUCCACAACUCUGAGAGUUCGUCCUGAGCCAGCAGGAAAUACAUGACCGAUUUAGAUUUUCCUGUGUUGCAAUUUAAACAUGUGGCCCUGAAAACUUGGCAUCAGACUGAGGUGAUUCUUCACAGGCGUAGCAAAGAUUGGCAAAGGUGUCUUUAUAGGAAAGGAAAAGCUAGUUAGCUUAGUUUAUCAUAAAAUCAGAGACAGGGGAAACUGCGAGCUUGGAAAAAUGGCCUCUCUCAAACUCAUUAUUUUUAAUAAUUAACAUUGUAUAAAUAUUUCAUAAAAUUUGGGGAAGCCAUUUAGGACACACCAAGAGUAAAAAUAGUUGGCCACAACCCUCUAAGAACCACAACCUGUAAUUUUAAUGAUACUGUCUCCGUACAGAUUGAAGAUCACAUUAAUGGUUAAAUUUGUGAUAUCCAUUGUGUGAUGAAUAUUUUCAGAGCAGCAGUGCUCUGAGGACAGACGACUAUCAAACACACUAUCUCAAGUUACCUUAUUAGCGGUCUUUCCCUCAAGUGAAGCCAUCUUUUUUACCUCAUGAGACUCUGUUGGAUCAUGGGAGGUCACUGAAAAGGUAAUUAGAAAUCCACUGUAUCUGUCUGGACCCAGAUGAUGGGUGGGUUUUCACUUUUCCACAUUUACAAAAGAUCUCUUACUGAGCUUUAUAGUCCUCAGGUAAGUGCUUAGUAUCAAAUACUGACAAAGUCUCCUCCGCUCCAAGGAUCUACACUAGAGUGAAUGUUAUUCCUUUAAUGCAAUGAAGAAAAGGUCGACGUUACAGUAGUCUCUCCUUCAUUUGUAGGGACACCAUGGUGCGCUCCCAUUAAGCUGAAACAUGGUGAUGUGAGUUGUCGCACACCAAGAGGAGAGCAUUACAGGAACGUGAUGGGGACGCGCUGUAAGAUCCGCUGCAAGCAAGGGUACGAGUCCCAGAACUCAGAGGUGGUGUGUAUGGCCAGUAAACACUGGUCAUCAAACUACGCCUGCAGAGGUAAGAGCCCACAUCUAUCUAAAAAUUUACACAGGCACUUGUGCACAUAUCCUCCAAGCUGUAUGUAUUUGGUGUAAUUCACAUGGAAAUGUGUGUCUAAAACUGGCAGAAUGUUAUUACUUACACCAGGAUGCUGUACUUUUACUGCUUAGACUGCAGUUGAAAUAGGGUUAUGCUUGAAUUGAGUGUACCCCUGAUGUAGAGAAAAAAUGUGAAUGGAUCUAAAGAGCAGCAUUCAAAGGGCUGAACAGUUGGCCGUCACAGAGAGGUCAGAGCUGUGAAAACUGUUCAGCAGAUGGAGAAGGAAACUGUAUUAUUCAGGAGAUGAAUCAGCCUGAACUUGUUGCUUUUACAUGAGCAUAACUGAACAGUUUAAAUAGAGUCUAGCAAACCUUUCAUCAACCCUGCGGUCUUACUCUUUUCCUCAGAGGUCCGCUGUCCUAAGCUGAACAUGCCUGCAAACGGCGGCUACAAGUGUUCGGAUGGCUCCUACUUCAACUCUCGCUGUGAGUUCUUCUGCUCCCCUGGGUUCAGCCUAAAGGGCCAGAAGACAACAACCUGCCAGCACACUAAGAUGUGGAGUGCCUCAGUACCCACCUGCGUUGGUAAGACUGCUUGUGUUGGUCUUUUAUCGCACAGUAUUACCUCCCAUUGAGGCUGUAAGCCUGUGGACGUCUGAACUGCAUAAUGAAACCCUUGGAGCAGAUAAUAAGAUUCUUGUUGCUCUUGUUAGCAGAAGAUGCAAUAAAAAAGUAUUUUUCAUAAAGCAAAGGGAUAAUAUGGAUGUCUGAAUAUAACAAGCUUUUAGAUAUACAUGCGCACAAACACAAAGCAUCUCUAAUUAUCAUAAAAUGUUAUAUAUUUUUCACCUCUUACAGCCUGAGAGUGGAUAAUGACUGUCUAAUAAAGCUAAUCUAUAAGGCCUUGAAUUAUGUAAACAGGAGAAAAAGGAAUAGUCUUCUGACCUUGGGGACUUGGGAGCCAUAAAGAUUUGUGUACAAGCAAACAACACUGCUUAUACAAUGACACUAGUCUCUAAUAUUUGAAAUGCAUGCUUCAAUUCACAGUAGCCUUGACCAGUAAUGGAUUAGUGCCUGUCACAAAGGCAGUGCCGCUUUCCAUGUGAAACCAGGACACUGCUGACAUGUUGCCAUGGUAAUUAAAUUAAACCUAAUCCAGUAGUUUGAUGCGGAAAAUUAACCAAUAAUGACAGUUUAGUAUCAUUUCCAGCUAUAAAAACUUUCCUCCUAUCAAAACCACUCCCCUCCCUCUCCACUCUAGCAAGCCCCGCCCACAAACAGACGCUCCUGCUCACCCAUAUCGUUUCAAUUAAAUUCAGAUAUAACACAGAUUAAUACUUAGGAUAAUUACAAAUGGGGCCCAGUCAACGUGAAAGUAAAAAGCAUUAGUGCUACUGUAGAUGCCAACAGACUACCAGCAAACACAAUGUUUGCAGGACUUCUACAACUAGGAUAAUGUGACAUACCCCAGGACGCGAGGUCAACAGAUUAGUGGCGAAAGGUUACAGGGUCCGUAAGAUCCCAAAGCGUCCCAGUCGUUUAUGCCUCAUUGGUCAUGACCCAGCUUUUUAGCUCCUGUCCGGUCUACCUCCUUUUCAAGCGCCCGUUUUUCCGCCAGAGUUUCUAGUAUUUACUUUGUUUUCUUGCUUGUGUCGGCAGUUGUGGCUAAAGGAGGAUUCAGACAAUUUUCCGUACUUUCUGGUUGGUUCCUACUGUCCAAUAUUGUAGCAUGCCAACUUUGUUUGGGCUUGUGCACAUUAUUCAAGGAGUGGAUAAUGCCUCACAACACGAGGAAGCAGUGUCUGCCUCACAACCAGUUAGGUCGGGAAGGCGGAGAAUGGCUUCGUUUACAGUCAGAAAAAGAGGGCCGCUCAAAAAUUUUAAAAUGUUGACUACACAGACAUAAGAGAACACAGCGAUAUCGUUACAUUACCAAAUGUCGUUAAUAACUAAUAGCUCUUGACUGAUAUUAAAAGCUUUUUUGUAUACACACCACAAAAAAGAUGCUUCUUUAACGGAAUUUUUUGUCUCUGUAGAUAUGGACCCUCCAAAAAUCAAGUGUCCCACCAUCAAGGAUAAGUGGGCAGAGCCGGGAAAGCUGACAGCGAGGGUGGCCUGGGACACUCCAGAGGGUGUAGACACUGCAGACGGUAUCCUAACAGAGUCAGUCUCAUUCAUUUUACAUCAGUGCACUCAGUUUGUUUUACCCCUGAUAGUCAUCCUCCCCUACACACAGAGAGAUCACAGUCAAAGGAUUAAAACAGAUCCACUCUUUUUUUCAGUGUCAUCCUGAAAGGGAAACCUUCAAAAUCAGACUUCCCCGAGGGGCUCCAUAAGAUGUCCUACACUGUGUUUGACCGAGCGGGGAACAAAGGAUCUUGUCGCUUCACUGUCAGAGUGCGAGGUGAGCGUCUGAAAGCAGAAUAAUGAAAGCCUUUUGAUUCUCUGUGUGGAGCUUGAUGCUCAGUAACACUUUAUUCAUCAUUCCCAGAGGAAUCUCCUGUGGAGCGCCGUGUACUUUAUUUGGAGGCUGUGUUCGGUUGUUGCACUAUUAAUAAUAUCAAAUUAAUUUGGGUUAGUGUUAUCUAGAGGAGUAAUUGCAGUGCUCAAAGAUUAACUGAACUAACAAAAAAAUAAUAAUUAUCUAUUAAGUACAAAGCUCCACAUGUAUCUUACAAUGAGCAGUCAUAAGCACCCUUUUACUAUCAGUGCUGGUUUUUCUUGAAGUGUCAGAAUCAGACAAUUUAUAGUUUGAUUUGCAUGUUUUUGACUUUGCUGUCUUGCUCUCUGUUAUGUUACCUGACUACUUCUGUCCAAUGUGCCCCAUUUGCUGUGUAGUGCGGCGCUGCAGCCCACUGUUUCCUCCUGAUAAUGGUUACAUGAAGUGUGACAGCGACAAAGACAACUACGGGGCCACUUGUGAGUUCACCUGCACCGGCGGCUACGAGCUUCAGGGCAGCGCUGCCAGAGUGUGUCAGUAUGGACUCACCUGGUCCGGCGUAGACACCAACUGUGCAGGUAAGUAUUAAUAAUAAAAAAGUUAAUUCUAAUUGUUAAAAUUACUAAGAAAAUCAUAAAAAAUGUAAAGCUUAGUGAGAAAGAAAAGAGAGAAGGAAGAUUUUUUUCAUCAUGUGACCUAGUCCACAUGUGGGCGGGUAUUUUUGAAAACAGCUUUUUCUUGCCUACACAUGCAAACCGUAUUUUAGGUCGCUAAAAAUGAAGGUUGUCAAAAAUUCCUUCCAAGGGGGAGAAUUCUAAAAAUCUCUGUUCUCUGUGUGCUCCAGCAAAACAUGAGUUUUAGCAGACACAGACAUCAUUACAUAAAUUUUUUUCCACAAUAGUUGCUGUUAAAUGUCUUGUGCAUGCAUCAAGUCAGCGGGAUACCAGAAUGUGUCUACUUGGUUAUUGCAUGUUUACAGCCGUUCUAAGGUUUUGUAUCGUGGUAUGAAGGUAAAUAAAUACAUCAAAUGCAACAUUUCUGAAUGCUCAAUAUGCAUGAGCCCUCGGUUCCCCUGUGAUGUUUUGACAGACUGAUCAAACAUUAUCACCACCUACUGGCCUGACAAGCUAAUGGGAGCAUUUUUGAAUGUUUAUGCUCUGUUAAGUGGACGGAAUAUUUUCAGAAAACAGAGGGGAAAAAACUGAUGCAUGAAUUAAAAGGUAAAAUGUGGAAACUUUUUAAAACAUUUUUUUCACAUUCUGACUUUUUUCCUGACAUUUUUGCUUCUCCUCAACAUUUCAACUUGAUUCUUGACUUUUUCCUCGAAGAACACAGUGAAAAAAAAUCCUCCUCCUCCAGCUGUCCUUUGCUGAUCUCUGGGUCUGAUACUCUUACUGGUAAUCUUCACUUCAGCCACAGCGCUAUCAAAAAAACAUCAUCUUCACUUCAAGAGUAUUUCUGCCAGUGCUGUGGCAUUGGUAUUUGUACAACAUUAAAACAACAACAACAAAAAACAACACCAAAGACACGGCUUGCAGAAAUAUCUGUUGAUGAUUCAUGUUUCUAUCUAGAUAGAUUCUUGUAAGAUCAGGAAUCCUCUAUUUGUUCAAUUCUUGGUUGUAAACACUGAGACCUCUUUAUAAGAGAAAUAGAAAAAGAGUGGAUUUAAGAGGUUGUGCUGCACAUCAGACCAUCGACAGUUGAAACUCAAUGCUGCACGCUCAUCCUACUGUAAUAUCCUCUCCAAUGGUUCUGAAGAUCUCCCUUUAAAUCUUUCUGCCCAACAGGCCAAAAACAUUCAAACCAUGCAGCAUCUCAGUGUGAAAUUGUGUUGUUUUGGUUUUUUGUACUCUCCUACUUUGUGCCAUAUCAUGUUGUAAUCGUUUAUUUGUGCCCUCAAUGUCAUUCCAGCCAUGAAUAUUAACGUGGGAGUGCGUACAGCUGCUGCACUGCUGGAUCAGUUCUAUGAGAAGCGACGGCUCCUCAUUAUCUCGGCCCCAACGGCUGCCAAUCAUAAUUACCGCUUCCAGAUGACCAACCUACAGGUAAGACAUGACUCACUGGAAGAAGAGGAGUUAUACGUGGGGUGAAGGAGACAAGAGAAAAGUACUUUGAAGAAUUCACAGCAGUGAUUUGUGUCUCAGCUGCUCUUCAUGAAACCUGACAGCAGUAUGCUUGUGUGUGCUUCUCUUUCUUGUUUAGUCACCUAAGUGAGACAGAGCUCUGUGACAAAUAAGGAGGAUAGAGUAGAGGGGUGUACACAUGAACAGAAAAUGUCACAGUGAUGAAUAAAUGAUACUGACAUCAGCUAUUCUUGGGCUGGAUGUUUCCCGGGCUCAUCAGAAAGCAUUAAGUCAGAGUUUUGUCUUUUAACUCUUGACCUUUCAGAGUGACUCAGUUAUCAGCUGUCAGACAAGAUCAUGUUAACAAAUAAAACCUGAGAAGGCACGUCUGGAAAAUGUGUGUUUGGGAUUGUGUUCAAAGCUGGAAGGGUGAGUUAUUAAGUUAUUUAUUUAAUAAACAUGAAGUCAGUCCUUACCUUAAAAAUUGCUCGAUGUUUUUGAGUCAUUUUCAGUAAUAAGUGUUAAAGGGAUAAUCCGGCGUAAAAUUAAACAGGGUCAAACACACCGCAACACAGAGUUAGACACCCCCUCAAGAGAUGAAUGUUGCUGACCACUUGCUUCUCUAGUUAUACCAACUUUAGUAACGACCACACGAUAGCAAUACACAGCUGUCUGAGGAGCCAUAAACAAACCUCAACCAAAAAGCCACUCUAUAGCCACAAAUAAUGCUCAGAACAGCACCUAACUUCAUCAACAGUACAUAAAGGGUCCCAGCCAUAGCACUAGCCACCAAACAUCUUUUUAACUUUGCCUUAUUUCUUUAGCAAAGAGACUAAAUACAACUCACCGACUCUCUUCCAGCAACCGCUUGUUUGUACGGAGACCUCCGAGCGAGUCCAUCGACUGGUGACACAGCUCAAGAAUGAACAUUUAUGAUCAUUUCUUCAUGGAAUUGCAAUCAGACCGAGACACUAAGGCACAAGAACUACCAUGUCUGCAGUGCAAAAGGAUUGAUAUGAUGAUUAUAACUUCAAGGAAAUGAUAAAGAAAUGAUCAUAAAUGUUUUUCCUUGAGCUGCGUCACCCCGCUGCAGUCGAUGGACUCGCCCAGAGGUCUCUGUACAAACAAGCAGCUGCUGGAAGAGAGUAGGUGAGUUGUGAUUAGUGUCUUUGCUAAAGAAAUCAGGCAAAGCUAAGAAGACGUUUGGUGGCUAGUGCUAUGGCUGGGACCCUAUAUGUACUGUUGAUGAAGUUAGGUGCUGUUCUGAGCAUUAUUUGUGGCUAUAGAGUGGCGUUUUGGUUGAGCAUGUGGCUCUCUGUAUUGCUAUCGUGCGGUCAUUACUAAAGUUGGCAUAACUAGAGAAGCAAGCGGUCGGCAACAUUCAUCUCUCGAGGGGGUGUCUAACUUACAGUGUGUUUGACCCUAAAUGAAUUUUACGCUGGAAUAUCCCUUUAACUCUCUGCUCCUUUAAAGCUCCUGUAAAGAACUUUCAGGAUAGGUUGGCUUGUGUGGGGAAAGGACAAAAUAGCAAGGAAUUUGAAAAAACAAAACAAGGAAAACAUGUUAAAUUCAAACCAAAAUAAUUCACAAUCAGAGCUGACAGCCCUAAUUUGAACAGGAAGAUUUAAGAAAGAGACCUUUGAAAAAGGAUGUUCUCUUUUUCUGACACAUAGUCAGGUUAUAUUUUUCCUGAGUGCCCACCAAGUUUUCUUUCCAGUGAGUCACAAAUCUGCUGUAAAAGCACAAACAUUGCUUGUAGCUGUAUAUCAGUGAGUCAUAUCUAGAUGUACGUUUUUGCAGCCUAGAGGGUCGUAUAGAAAUCCAGUGAAGUGCAGCACUGGUUUACCUCAGUGAUUGAACUGCACGUCCCAAGUGCAGAGACUGCAGUCCUCAAAGCUGCUGCUAGGUUUGGCUCCCUCCUUGAUGUUUUGCCACCUCUGCCAUCCACAGUCCUAACUCUUGGUGCCAAACUCUGGAGAGUUAAUUGUACAAGUAAGAAGUUUUCUUCAAAAGAGAGGAGCUUUGAUUGAUAAAGACAGCGAUCUUUAAUCGCAGCUUUGCCGUUAAGUAGCCAACUUUGACUUGACAGUGUUUCAAAUCCCCCGAAGAGUCCACUGUGCUCGAUUUUCUUCUGCCAGCGUAGAAAUCAAUAUGAAAGCUAUAAACCCACAAAACUUAUCGAUCAGUCUCUCUCUCUUUUUCUCUCCUUUUGUUGGAGCAGCACGCUCAGUGUGGACUGGAUCUGAGGCAUGUGACUGUAAUUGAGCUGGUUGGGACUUACCCAGCACAGAUUGGCCGAAUUCGUCACAGACUGCUGCCCCCAGCUCUGGCCCUGCAGCUCAGGUACGUACACACACACAUACACACACACACACAAACACAUUCUUUGCCUAUGCUCCAGCCUCUAACUGAGUUGAUGUGCGUUUCCUAGGAUACUGCUCCGGAUUCCUCAAAGGUCUUUCCAAAUGGUGCUGGUCGACAAACAGGGCAUGGACAAGCAGCGCUACCCAUUCCCGAUCACAGCUGCUGAAUUAUUCACCACCAUCGACACCUUCCCGCAACGCAAGGACGAGAUGGUGCUUCAGCAGGAAGCGGGCCAGACCUGUCAAUCAUAAAACACUCUCACAGACUCUCAGCCACCUUUGAUCCCGUCACUCCUCAGACCCUCGGCUUCAUAUCCUUGUCACACACUCCUACCUGAACUCCAUCAGUCCUGUGUCCAGAGGGUGUGUGUGCGUCUGUGUGUGUGUUGAUGUGUGUGUGCAGUCAAGAUGUCAGUCUUGGCCCUGGUGUGGGGCUAUCAAAGAGAUUACUUAUUGAAAUGGGUCAAACAGUAGAUUACAAUCAUAUUGAUUCCUGUGUCUUGUCUGUGAUGUUUUUGUUAUUAUUAAUAUUUUCAAAGCAGAAUUAUUUUAUACUAUUUUGUACAAAAGUCUUUUUACUGUAUGAACUCAAAACUUUUAACCUGUCUGAUAUUUAUGUAUCACAUCUCUAAUGAUGUAUCCUGACACUCUCUGGAAGAUUGUUUCAUGUACAGGACAGGACAGUGAUGCUGCUUCUUGUAGUGCACUGUACACCAACGCCUUAAUUUACAAAACACUGAUUAAAUAUGUUUAUCAUGAUGCUUUUACCCACGCUGUUUUGUUGUGAGUGCAAGGGUAUUCCAAUAAUACUUGUAGCAAUAAGACAAAAAUAAAUAAAUAACAACAGGGAAACAACAAA